UUCUCUCUCUAAAAGCUCUUCGCUUCUCUCUAACUUUUUCAAGCGGUUUCUCCGGUUCCAAUCGUCCGACCAGGUACGCUUUUGUUUCUUUAGCUUUUUUUCUUUUUCUUUUAAUAACCUCGACCAACUCCCUUGUCUAUACAAUAAUGGGAGAAUCGUCCGAGCCGGUGACACCUCCUACCUCACCUCCCUACAAUCUGUCCGAGGAGGUGAGGGGGAUGGGAAUAACGCUGGUGUCAACCUUAAUAAGUUGCUCCGACCCCUCGGCCGUUCCCGACGCGGUUCUGCUCCCGAGCCCCUCAUCGUCAGUAGAAGAAGAGGCCGAGGCCGCUAUUCCCUUCCCUUGGAAAGUGUCCCUGGCCUUUUCUUCCAAAGCUAGUUACUUAGACAAAUACCUUGAUGAUGGUGUAGUGAGGGUAACCAUGUCUGAUGGCGAAGGAGAGACAUCCACUUCAGGCCGACCGGAGUUUUCGGAUUUGGAUCCAAAAGGGGCCCCGGGUCGAAGUUUCCUUUGCCCUCGCUGAUGAAGGCCUUUCUCGAUGAUCCGAGGGGACAAGCAACGAGGUUUCAAAUAAGGGACCCUUACAUGUUGGUCUGACCGGAGGCCUUCCAUACUGUUCUGACCCCUUCUCCAGGUUGCACUGCUGUAUAUUACAAAUCAAUGGAGAUGGGGCUCCGAUUUCCUCUGACCCCAUUCGUGAAGGAUCUCCUUAACGCGUAUAACCUGACUAUAAGUCAGAUUUUCCCGAACUCCUGGGGGGGAAUCAUAGCUGUUCAGACACUUUGUGCAAUGCUAAGCGUCCGACCCACCAUCACAUUGUGGCGCCAUAUGUUCAAACUGGUCGAGAUGAUGGCGGGAGAAAAUGGCCCGGGCUGGUGGUACUUCCAGGCUCGGCAAGGAUACAAAGCGGUGCUCGACUUGCCCACAUCUCAGAAAGGAUUUAGGAGGGAGUUCGCCUUUGUUUUCUACGGAGGAGACUGGGGGGUUCCCACUGUCCGACCUGAGGUAGAGCCGAACCAUGAGCUGAACUUCAGGGUUCCGGAAUUGUCGGAGGAAGAGGCGGUUGCAACUAUCUACAUGCAAACCGAGGCCCAAAUAGUUCAAGGGGGAGCGGUUUAUGUGGCCAGCAAUUGGCUACCGAGUUGCCGCCUAUUAAAAAAUGAGCAUCUGUUGUCGGCGGUCGGGCUGAGCAGAACAUUUCCCAAGGCGUCUUCCCUUGCCUACCUCUUGGAAUCCGAUCCGGACAUGGCAGACAAGCUCAACUAUGCAGCAAUGAGGGCGGCUCAGCUCAAGGCCGAGAUGAAGGCGAAAAAGAUUAGCACUCCUCCUCAGCCUAAGGAUCCUUCGAAGCCCAAGGCUUCGAAAAAGAGAAAAGAGAGGGCUCCGGAGAAGGUGGCCAUGACCAAGAAGGCGUUGGCCAAAGCCCAGGUCGAACGGACGAAGAAGGCCAAGUCCGUGGAGGUAAACAGUCCUCGGCCAGAGGAGCGAGCUGAUAGGUCCGAGGGGACUCGCAUUUCCCUCCAUUCCGACGACUUCCGCCCCAUCAGAAGUCCCCAAUACACGUCGUCUUCUCCUCCUCAUGGGCCGAACGACGAUCCAGAGGAGCUCAGCUUGGCUUUAACCAAGUCCUUUGCCGAACUAGAUAUCCGCGGGCUAGACACCCGUUGGACAAAUGCAGUAGACUGCCCUUACAGCCCUGCCGACAAGGAGCACAUCGCUGCGACCAGCGGACCUCAGGAGACAGACGACCUGUUCCACUGCUGGGUCGAGGUGGCGACUCUGGAGGCCAAGGGCAAGAAGCAUUUUGACGAGCUUCAUGCCGCAAAGGAGGGCCAGAGAAUAGCCGGGGCCAACCUCGCCAAUGCCGAGCGCUGCAUCAAGCGCGACCAGGAGGACUUCCAGACCGAGCGGGAUGGAUGUGCUCUGGAGAAGGCCGCACUGAUUAAGGCCAAAGAGGAGGCCGAACUGGCCAAGCUAGCUGCCGACGAGCAGGCAGCUGCUGCGCUGAACAAGGUGGCCGAGCUGAAUGCCGCCUUGGCUGAGUUGGAGAAGCAGCCGAAGACUGGUGACGAAUGGUUUGCAGCAUGGAAAGAAACCAAGGCCUGUGAGACAUUCGUCAACCAGGUCGGCUCGAUUGCUCAGAAGAUGGGGCAUGAUGAUGCUCUGAAGCGCCUAAAGGAGGCCUUGGCCAAAUCCCAUCCGUGCUUUUCUUGGUCCGAGGCUAUGGCAAGCUACAAGACUCUGCAGGACGCUGAAGACCAGGCCAUCAUCGCUGAGCUAAACAUUUAUUUAUCCGAAGGCUCCGAGGAGGCCGCGGAAGUUGAGGAGGCUGCGGAGGAGGCCGUCGAGGAGGACCAGGGCCAAGGGGUGGCGAGGUCCGAGGAGCUCAACGAGAGUACUAAUGAGCAGACCGACCCCCCUGUUGCCUAA